CAACAACCUAUGCGAGUUUUUGGACACAACGAAACCUACCACCAUUUUCUUAUGUUCCUAGUCAAUUGUCCUGCCAGUUGAGACUAGUGACAAUCACAACUACCUUUCCCUCUCCAAAAUCAACGUCUCUUCCUUGUACUCAAUACAUUACCUUCGCUUCUCUAUUUCCGUCGCCUUUUUCAUCUUCUUCUUCUUCUUCGUUACAUUCUCUCCUAACACUAAACUCACUCUUUCUCUCUAUCCACCUCGUUUUCCUCGCCACGCCUAUAUAAACCAGAUAAUGGCUGCUGAAGUAUAUUACCAGGCUAUUGGCAUCGUGCAGUCCCAUUCUCAUCUGAAUAAUUUUAAUCGUCACCAGAAGCACCAAAGCAACAUAGUGAGAUUGGUGGCUAGGGAUUUUGUCAGUUGUAAUGGCUUGUCAAGGAGAAGUACUAACCGGUCUGGCCGGAGGAAUUGUACAGUAAUUCGAUCUCUAGCUUCGCAAACAUCAGUGGUUGAUCCGGUGUUGUCUCCUUCAAGAAGCAACGCUGGUGACAGUAACAAGAAAUCAAAUGAAGCAGCUUUAAUCCUUAUUCGGCAUGGCGAGUCAUUGUGGAAUGAAAAGAAUUUAUUCACAGGGUGUGUUGAUGUCCCUCUAAGCAAGAAGGGUAUAGAUGAAGCAAUUGAAGCUGGAAAAAGAAUUAGCAGCAUUCCUGUUGAUGUCAUAUUUACAUCGGCUUUGAUUCGUGCACAAAUGACAGCCAUGCUUGCUAUGACCCAGCACCGUCGUGGGAAGGUCCCUAUCAUUUUGCACAAUGAAAGUGAACGAGCAAAGUCGUGGAGUCAAGUUUUUAGUGAAGAUACAAAAAAACAGUCCAUUCCAGUCAUAGCAGCUUGGCAACUAAAUGAAAGAAUGUAUGGGGAACUGCAAGGUCUCAAUAAGCAAGAAACAGCCGACAGAUAUGGAAAAGAGCAAGUCCAUGAGUGGCGCCGGAGUUAUGAUAUACCUCCUCCAAAUGGUGAAAGCUUGGAAAUGUGUGCCCAAAGAGCAGUUGCCUAUUUCAGAGACCAAAUUGAACCACAACUUUUAUCUGGAAAGAAUGUUAUGAUUUCAGCCCAUGGGAAUUCAUUGAGAUCCAUUAUCAUGUACCUUGAUAAAUUAACUUCCCAAGAGGUCAUUAGUUUGGAACUGUCAACUGGAAUUCCCAUGCUUUACAUUAUCAAAGAGGGAAGAUUCAUUAGGAGGGGAAGUCCCAUAAGGCCUUCUGAAGCUGGAGUUUAUGCCUAUACAAAGCGUUUGGCUCUUUACAAGCAGAAGUUGGAUGACAUGUUCCAAUGAUAUAUUGUUUAGGAAAUGCAUAAACACACAUUUAAUCAGAAAUGUCACAGUUGAAUCACAAAGGGGGAUAUAUUUUCGUUGGCUCUGUUAGGUCAACAAUAUUUUCAAUGUUUUAGUAGUACAGUUUUGA